AUGUCUGGCGAGAAAAGAGCAGCGGAUCAGUCCUUCGGCAGUACGCAGCUGGUGAAGAGACAGAGAUCCAAUGGCAACAUUAACGGAGGUGCGCUCAUACAGGCAAAUGGCGCAGGCACGGUGGGAUUCAGCGCGCAAGGCUUGCAAGCGCCUGUCAUGGAGCUGAGCGGCCAUUCUGGCGAGGUCUUCUGCGCACGCUUCGACCGGUCGGGACAGUAUAUCGCAUCUGGCAGCAUGGACCGUAACGUCCUCCUUUGGCGUACCUCAGGCGAAUGCGACAACUAUGGGGUUCUGUCAGGCCACAAGUCUGCGAUACUGGAUCUGCACUGGUCAAGAGACAGUCAAGUGGUCUACACGGCCUCAGCAGACAAGACUGUGGCCUCUUUCAACAUCGAGACUGGCGAGCGGAUACGAAGGCACGUUGGACACGACGAAGUGAUCAACUGCUUAGAUGUGUCAAAAAGAGGCGAGGAAUUCUUGGUGUCAGGAAGCGACGAUGGAAGCAUAUCAAUCUGGGACCCUCGACGUAAAGAGGCGUUGGACUACAUUCAGACAGACUUUCCCAUCACCGCUAUUUCUCUGGGCGAGGCCGGCAACGAGCUCUUCAGUGGUGGCAUCGACAACGAGAUCAAGGUCUGGGAUUUGAGAAUGAAGAAGGUCCAGUAUACGCUCAACGGUCACACGGACACGAUCACCAGCCUAGAGAUCUCGCCAGACACGCAAUCGCUCCUGUCUAACUCGCAUGACUCCACGGUGCGUACAUGGGAUGUCAGGCCUUUCGCGCCUACGGAUCGAGCGAUCAAGACCUUGGAUGGAGCACAAGUUGGCCUAGAAAAGAACCUCAUUCGAUCUUGCUGGGAUAGUGAAGGCAAGCGUGUUGCUGCUGGAGGUGGUGACGGAACUGUUACGAUAUGGAACAGCAAAGAUGGUCGGAUGCUGCACAAGUUGCCUGGACACAAGGGCACUGUCAACGACGUCCGGAUUUCCCCUGAUGGCUCCAUGAUCCUGUCUGCCAGCACAGAUCGUACUAUGCUUCUUGGGGAGCUUCCACGAUAA